CCCGCACGAGAGGUAUCGCCAGUUCACACGAUGUCCCACACAAGCGGAGCGAGCUCUUCGAGCUUGCCUUGCGCAGCAUGUAAAUUUCUACGACGGAAGUGCACGGCCGAGUGCGUAUUCGCACUCUACUUUCCUGCAGAUCAGCCUUUGAAGUUUUACUAUGUGCAUAGAAUUUUCGGGGUCAGCAAUGUCUCCAAGAUAUUGCACGACUUGCCAGAAUCGAGCUUCAUUGGCUUUCGAGAGAGUGACUUCGUUGGCUUUCGAGGCCGAGGCGAGAACGAAGGAUCAGGUAUACGAAUGUUCGGGGGCCAUUUUGUUGACGCUGAGCAGAAUUAUGGAGUUGCAAGAAGAAGUUGCGGAACUGCAGUAGAAACUAAACUAUUUCGAGGAUAAGAAGCGCAUGAGACUGACUCAGGGGCAAGGGCAA